UGUGUGCAUCAGAAACGGACAAUAUGCACACAUCCCGAACCGUUUUUCAUUACAUUGGUCACAGUAAUAUACGCGACGCUUCUUUUCUGCGAGACAGUAUUCAAAUUUGGAAGAUUAUUUCUGACUUCAGCACUUUAUAAUAGUGACAGUCGGAUGUAUUGGAAUGUAUAAGGCAAUAGGAAUAAGAGAAGAAAUAUCAGAUUGUUGACAUAAACAACCUCGUUUUUAAAACACAGCCAAGCGACUACAAUGAAACCUCAGGACAUUAUCAAAGAAAAGAGCACCCUGUGGAUAUUUGGAUAUGGCUCAUUAGUGUGGAAGCCUGAUUUUGAUUACAAGAGGAGCACAAUUGGCCACAUUAUGGGAUACAAAAGGCGCUUCUGGCAUGGAGACGAUUUUUAUCGAGGAGACAAGAAAAAGCCAGGCAGAGUGGUCACACUAGUGGAGGAUCAGGAGGCGUGCACAUGGGGAGUGGCCUAUGAGGUGACUGACUCCCAGAUAGAAGAGUCCCUCCAGUACCUGAACAUGAGAGAGGUUGUGCUGGGGGGUUACAUAACGGAGAUGGUGGAGUUCAUCCCUAAGGAGAAGGGUCAGGCUCCUCUGUUGGCCCUCGUUUACAUUGCUACUUCUGACAAUCCCAUCUACCUCGGCCCGGCCUCGGACAAGGAGAUUGCUGACCAGAUCGCUGUUUGCAGGGGCAACACGGGCCACAAUAUUGAAUACCUGGUCCGCCUGGCAGAGUUCAUGAGGCUCUACUUUCCCGAGGUAGAGGAUGAGCACCUCUUCUCUAUUGAGGCGGCUGUUCUGAACAUUUUCCAUGACUGUGGAGAGAUCAAACUCCCAGACCAAAAACCCCUACUGCUGGGAGCUACAUAAAAAGACUACAUAAAGCACUCCACAUCAUGGAAAUGUCACUGUCUUUAUGCUGGGUGAAAGGGAAAUCCUGCACCACAUGUUGAAGAGUAUUCAGUGCUUGUAAGAGUGAAACAUGACUCGGUUAAUUAUUUCUAGGUCGUUACAUAACCUCAAGGGAUCUCAUGUUCCUCAGCACUCUGUGUACUGUACUGUAUACAAAUUCCAGGAGCAUGUGAUGCUUUUAAAAAUUCAUACUAAGGGACUGCUUCUCUUUUUAAAUACAUAAUGUCUUACACCUUUGUUGUAAAAGGGUCUCAGAAAGGAUACUGUGUACAUUUGUAAAAUGUAUUUUAAUAAAAACACAAACAAUUCUUAAAA